CCCUCUUCCACUAUUCCCCCCGCUCCUGAAUCGGAGGGAAUUAAUACGCCAUGGCCGAAUCAUCCAAUAUCAUCUUUGACGACAGGUUCACCGUCGAUACUGUAGACAAGGACGGCAAGAAAUUUGACCGAGUGUCCCGGAUAACCGCGACGUCGCAUUCGCUUUCCAUGUCCCUCACGCUCGACAUUGCCAACGAACUCUACCCACUCGAACAGUCUGAAACGUUUACGCUCACACUCGCGCGGUCGCUGGUCCCGUCGGAGCUGGAAACGUUGGAUAGUCGUGCGGAUGGGGACGAAGGCGAGGAGGGGAGCGAAGUGCGGAGGGUGAAGCGAGAGUUGUGGAGGAGUCAUGAGCAAGGGUUGGCGGAAGAUUAUGAUUAUGUCAUGUAUGGCAAGAUUUACAAGUUUGACGAUUCGGCGCAAGGGGAGGCUCAGACCACGGCAUACUUUUCUUUCGGUGGACUGCUCAUGGCUCUCCGUGGAUCCUAUCGACAUCUUGCGGGGGUUGUUGUUGGAGAAAACGUGUAUUUGCUCAUGCGCAAGUAAUGAAGCGUUAGACAUGAAAGAUAUUAUUUGGGAUGUAUUUAUAGUCUACAAAGAGC